AUGUCAGCCGUAUCAGAGGAUCCGUUGGAACCCUUCUACUUCGAGCACGAGGAACAGGAGAUCUGCGGAAAGCUUGUUACGCCCAUAACAGAUGGUUUCCAAGAGGACUACCCCAGCGUUGUGGAUCGUUUCUUCACCAGAUAUUACUACUUUAAGGGAGAGGUUCCCUACCAGGUGCUCUACCACUCCAAUCGCAUUUGCCUGAUUUGUCUGGCACCCGAUCAUCCUGCUCUAGGUCAGGGCGUUUCGUCGGUAAACUUUGACAUCGGGAACGUAGAUCGCAGCCAGAAUGUGGUCAAGGGCAAGGGAAAAAAGGGCGGUAUGAUCCUUCAGGCGGAGUCCACCCUGGCACUGCUUACCACGGGAAGCGGAGAGACCUACAAGGUGCCCAGUUGCAUUCGGGGAAAAUUAGUGGAGGUCAACACCGCCCUGGUGGAGGAGCCCAAGCUCCUGGAGCAACUGCCCGAGGGAGCCGGCUACUUUGCUAUUCUCCUGCCCAAAAUCGAGAACUGCGAUGCCAUCAAGGCAAGUCUUCUAACACAGGAGCAGUAUGAGGAGCGUCUUAAGAUGAAGAAGGAGACUAUACCCAAAAUUGAAAGCAGCGACGACCCUCAGAUCGUGGAAAAGGAGUUGGCCACGUGAUUAUAAUCCCAGUUUUCGAUUACCUAAUUGUCCAUUAAAGCCUUUGUAUUCAUUCAUAAAGAUUCAAAAUUAAUAUCUUCGUAAGUGCGAUCAAAACAAGGAAGUACAUGAUAUCACACAAUGUUUAAUGUAACAACGGUUAUGAUAGAAAUAAUUACAGCUUUUGCAAACUUCUUGACAUAAAAGAGAAAUAAUAUA